UGUGUUGUUUCUAUUCAAUAACAAGCAGAUAAAUUCCUCCAUUCAUUCAUUUGUUUAUGUUCGGCGGGAGCAGGAGCACGAGUGAGAGAAGGAAGAUAGUGUUGCUCAUCUGCUCGAAGUAGGCCAGGAAGUGCGACAUCCAAGUCAGCUGCAACCGGAAGAAGAGCGGGGUGGCGAGGUUUGGUGUUAUUGUUCUGCGCGCGUGAGCAAGAGAGAGCAAUCUCUCUCACAACGUGGUGUACUUCACGUUGAGCCCUUAAGAGGUGGCCAAACCAUAGCAGGCCGGGGUGUUUGCGGUUUUUCCCGAAAACUUCAACCCAGCAAGAAAGGCAAGAGGAAAAACUUGAAGAAGCAACAGUGUGUGCGGCGACGAGUGGAGGGAGGGAUUUUCCAGUGCUGUUGCCACACAGUAGGCCUUGACAACAACAACAGAAGAGGCACUCACUCGGAACAACUCCGCACUGGGUUGACAGCCGACGACGACGACGACGACAAAAUCGAGAAGAAAACAAGUGUAUUUGUGUCAAAGGAGAAACACAACAACAAAAGCGGACCAAGAUGGCGGACCUGGAAGCGGUGCUGGCCGAUGUCAGCUAUCUGAUGGCGAUGGAAAAGUCCAAGUGCAUGCCGGCGGCACGGGCCAGCAAGAAGAUCAUCCUGCCGGAUCCAAGUGUUCGAAGUGUGAUGCACAAAUACCUGGAAAAGGAAAGUGAGGUGAACUUCGACAAAAUCUUCAACCAGGUGUUAGGAUACCUACUGUUUAGAGAUUUCUGCGACAACUUCUCAGACGAACCGGUGCCACAUUUAAAGUUUUACGAAGAGAUCAAAGCCUACGAAAAGACAGAGUGCCACGACGAGCGGCGGAAACAGGCCAGGGACAUUUACGACAAUUUUAUAAUGAAAGAAAUGCUCUCCCACACACACGAAUACUCGAAGGAGGCGGUGGCGCACGUGCAAAAGUAUCUGAUGAAGAACGAGGUGCCGGUGAACCUGUUCGAGCCGUACAUCGAGGAAAUCUUCCACCACCUGCGGGGCGAACCGUUCCGGAAGUUUCUCGAAAGCGACAAGUACACCCGCUUCUGCCAGUGGAAGAACCUCGAGCUCAACAUCCAGCUCACGAUGAACGACUUCAGCGUGCACCGGAUCAUCGGGCGGGGCGGCUUCGGUGAGGUGUACGGCUGCCGGAAGGCCGACACCGGCAAGAUGUACGCGAUGAAGUGUCUGGACAAGAAGCGCAUCAAGAUGAAACAGGGCGAAACGUUGGCGCUGAACGAGCGGACGAUGCUGUCGCUGGUUAGCACGGGGGUCGACUGCCCGUUCAUCGUGUGCAUGACGUACGCGUUCCACACCCCGGACAAGCUGUGCUUCAUCCUGGACUUGAUGAACGGUGGCGAUCUGCACUAUCAUCUGUCCCAGCAUGGCGUCUUCAACGAGUCCGAUAUGAAGUUUUAUGCGGCGGAAGUCAUCCUGGGCCUCGACCACAUGCACAAGCGCUUCAUCGUGUACCGGGACCUGAAGCCGGCCAACAUCCUGCUGGACGAGAACGGCCACGUGCGCAUCUCGGACCUCGGGCUGGCCUGCGAUUUCAGCAAGAAGAAGCCGCACGCGUCGGUCGGCACGCACGGCUACAUGGCGCCGGAGGUGCUCUCCAAGGGGACGCCGUACGACUCGAGUGCCGACUGGUUCAGCUUCGGCUGCAUGCUGUACAAGCUGCUCAAGGGACACUCGCCGUUCCGGCAGCACAAAACCAAGGACAAGCACGAGAUCGACCGGAUGACGCUGACGAUGGUGAACGUGGAACUGCCGGAAUCGUUUAGCAAAGAGUUGCGGGAUCUGCUGGAGGGGCUGCUGAUGCGGGACAUCGACAAACGGUUAGGCUGUAAAGGGGGAGGGGCGGACGAGGUGAAGGCACACCCGUUCUUCGCCGGCAUCGACUGGAACCAAGUGUACUACCAGAAGUACACGCCCCCGCUGAUACCGCCCCGGGGCGAGGUGAACGCGGCGGACGCUUUCGACAUCGGCUCGUUCGACGAGGAGGACACCAAAGGCAUCAAACUGACUGAACAGGACCAGGAGCUUUACAAGUACUUCCCGCUGACCAUCUCGGAAAGAUGGCAGCAGGAGGUCGCCGAAACAGUAUUCGACACCGUGAACCUGGAGGCGGACCGGGUCGAGCAGAAGCGCAAGGCCAAACAGAAGCAGCGGCUGGACGCGGACGAGAAGGAGUCCGACUGCAUACUACAUGGGUACAUCAAGAAGUACAGCGGCUCGUUCGCGACCGUUUGGCAGACGCGCUACGCGAAGCUUUAUCCAAAUAGGCUAGAAUUACACACGGACAGCGGUAGUACAAAGCCGGAGCUGGUGUUUAUGGACCAGAUCGAGGAGGUGGUGCAGGACUUUGUGCAGUUCAAGAACGAGCAGUGCAUACAGAUCCGGUUCCGGGACGGGAUCCGCGACGGCAAGCUGAUCCUGACGAUGGUGGACGAAAUCGGCCUCAAGGAGUGGGCCCUGUCGCUGCGGUCCGCCCACAAGGAAAGCCAGGAGCUGCUCGGGUCGAUGGCGAAAAAGGCCGGCAAGAUCUACGGCACCGAGCGGGACGCGUCCAAGGCGAACGUGUUGAUCUCGUCGGCGGGCGCCAACUCCAACUCCAAUUCCAACUCGACCGGCAGCGCCCAGAAGGGUGCGAACGGGUCGUCCAACUAGCGGUUACUGCUGCGAUCUCGGUCCUGCUUCAUAGAACCGAAUCGUCUCAAGGAACCGCUGCUGAAGAUGAAGUGCAAGGACACUUAAGGAGGGCGGCAACGAUUCUUCAUUUUAGCAGAGGCGCGCGCGGCCUUAGUUAGUCGAUUGGUUUGCGAGGUUAGAAGAGGGGAGAAACUAUUUAUUUUGUAUUUCAGUGCAUUUUGAAAAGCCUAGUUUGAAGUCUUUUUUUGAACUGAAAAAAAGAAAGAAAAAAAACGGGUGUUUCAUCGAAAGAUGACGAAAUUCGACGCGACUAAUGCAAACAAAACAAUGAAAACAAAAAUGAGGAAAUUUGUUUUCAAACAGUGAUAUGAGCGAAUAAAACAAAUAAACAAAGUGUUUUAAUCGUAGCAGUUACAAUUAUAUACAAAUUAAGCUAAAGAAGCAAUGAUGUGUGUGUGUUUGUUUUUGUGGGGAACAACACAGUAGGCGUUGUGUACAGUACGAUACUGGCUGGAGUGUGUUUUGUUUCCCGUAACUUAUUUCGGAGUAAUUCUUUAGGGUUUUUAGUGUUUUUUUUUCGCGAAUUUCGAAUUUCUUUUCCAUCUAAUUCUUAUGCCAAAAGAAGCCUUUUUGCUGUAACUUUUUUCUAUGCAAAUCUUCAUACAAUCAAAUUUCGUUUUGUUAGCCAGGCCGAAAAAAAUCUGACAGACGAAAAUUUUACCUUUAGCCUCAAAAAUGUUGAAUUUACUGUUGCCGUGAAAUAAAUGUUUCCUUUAUUUUUCGAUAUUCAAUUAAUUUUCAAAAUUGGCAGGAAAUGUAAAAUAUGUCGAAAUCUGUCAAAAUCUGUCAAAAUCAGGCGGUACAGAUAACGAUAAAUCUUUAUUCUGGCUAACACCUGAAAAAUCUGGCAUUCCCACAUUUAUGUGGCUACCUGCAACCAUGCUGUCAGAAUGCGGACACAAAGCGCAUGUCAUUCCAAAACGACUGUCAGUGAACGCACACGAAGUUGAAACGAACGGAAACAAACUCGGCACUCAAUCGAUAGCUUUCUCUCUCUCUCACUCUUUAUCUUUUUUCUCAAUCUUUCUCUUUUUUGUAAUGCUGUUUGGUGACAUCAAUCAUAUGAAUGCAGUAUGCAAGGCAUAAAGAUUGUAUAAUGUAAUGUAGGUUUUCUAGCUGUCAAAAAAUAGUUAGCACAAAAAGCGGAUUUUAUAUGGAGAUUUCCAGAAAAUUGAAAAUUUGACCAUUUUCCGGGCAAGUUUUACAAGAUUUUUUCUGAUUCUUAAAAAAAAUAUUUCAAAAGCGUUUUUUGGUAUCUAGUAAAACUUGCCCGAAAAAUGGUCAAAUUUUCAGUUUGCUGAAAAUCUACAUAUGAAUUCCGCUUUUUGUGACAACUAUUUUUUGACAGCUGGAAAACCUGUCUUAACUUAUCUUAUCUGUAUUCCUUGGCAAUCAUGGGAAACAUGAUCGCAAUUUCGGAAUAACGAUAGUUCUUUGAGCGAGCAAAUUUCUGGUGAGAGUCAAAUGACACGAUGAGAGCUCAGCCGCUUAACGGUAGCCGCCAAAACCAUUUUUUCACUUGCGCUUACGUUUUCACAGCGCUUAAGGUUUGAAAUUGUUUCCAACUACCGGCAAUAUAUUCUCUUGCACAUGCUUUUUAGGUUUUCAGGUGCAAAAUAAUUCCGAAACAUGUGAUUUAUUAGCAAGCGCUAACAAAAAAAAACAAACCCCCUGAGUCACUUGACGUUUUACCUAUUCUCGUCGAAGACUGACCGAAAACGAGCAAGAUGCGAAGGUAAAUAAAGAAUAGAGGCCACAAAAGUGCGCUGAAAGAAAAACAAAAUAGCCGCUAAUAAACAUUGCGUGGGCUACAGGGCAUUCUCGUCAGACGAGAAUAGACUGUAACAAAAAUUUUGUAAAAUGCUUGUAAAAGAAAUAGAAAAAUCUUUUGGAAAAAAGCAUAAUUAAACAGAAAUGUUACAAAAAAGUUGCUCUACUGGUUGAUGUAAUUAAUUUCAGAAAGUUUAAUGGAACAACCCGUAUUAUCGAGCAUCUUUCUUUUUCUCAUUUUGUGUAAAUAUUGUUUGAGUAUCGAGCUCAAAUUUGUUCUUAAAAAAGAUGUUCCUGGAAGUUCGAAACAAUUUCAAAUUGUUUGUGUGAAAGUGUGUUCAGCCAAAGUGUUGAGAAAUGGCUCUGCAAAAUUGAAAAGUUGAUCAAACAUUAAUGAAGUUGGAUAAAUUGCUUCACAAAAGCAUGACAAAAAUUGGAGAAAUUCAAAAAUAUUGUUCCGAAAACUGUUUUUUGGCAAUUCGAAUUUGGAACGCCAUUUUGCCGAAGACAGCAAUUCGAUUUGAUGUACUUUUAUAAUCAACUCGCAAAAUUGUAAGAAGACUUGUAUGAAAACACUAUUGACGUAUAAAGGCUAUUAUUGACAUAAGAAAUACGUGGACAAAAUUUCACCAACAUUAAAAAAAAUCGGAACACGUAGAGAAUUACUCUUUUUCGGUUAGAAAGCUUCAUGGCACACUAGAUCGACCAAGUUAAAGAUUGUUCGCUCUAGUGCAAUCCAUGAAAAUUGCGUGACUAUUUUUUAUUAGGUUCGCAUUGACAAUUUGAGUAAGAAAAGUCAGUAUUGAAGGAGGGCGGGAACACGACGGAAAGAAAACCUAGGAUUAGCUAAUAAAUGUGUCAAUUUAGUAUUGUACUUCUUUACACCGGAAGAAGUGGAAAAUCAAAAGAGUAAAAUAACUACUAGCGAUGUUUAUACAAGAAAACCCCCCCACAAAAAAAAAAUGAUACAAAGAAAUAUCCCAACCGAGAAGAACCGCUAGGAGAAAACACACAAUAAAACAAAAACUCUAAAAUCUAAUCAACCGUAGGGUAAAGGUCGAUAAUAAGUAACGCAGGAAGCAAAACUCCCGUUUAUAAAUAUGAAAUUUAAGAAUAUAACAAAACAAAACAAACAAAACUGAUGCAACCAGAAGCAAAGCAUAGGCGUAACUAUCCUAAAGUAUUGUUAAACAGAGGAAAAACAUGUAAAUGGUAGUUGUAUUCGUGACACAACCCUGUUUUAUUGUUUUUUUUCUCGAAUUUUUCUGUUUGGCAUCGCAAAUUUUCUUGUGCCCCCAAAAACACUACAAAAAAAAAAAUCCUUUUAAUAUGAGUGUGUAAAUGGGUAGAGAUAGUGUCACUACCACAAUACUACUACUAAAUUAACCGGAAGCGAACCGCUCUUGGUAGGAAGCCUUUUUUAAAAAAAAAAUGUCUUUCUGUAUGUGUGUGUGCGAACAAUCUGUACAAUUGCGGAAGCAUACUUGUUGAGCAUAUAUCGUUGUUUAAGCCAAAAAAAAUGUACUAAAUACUAAUCUAGAAGUUUAAAAACAUCUUAGUAGUUUCCACCAAACAUCCCCCGAGCGCGCGCGUGUGGUUUGUGUUGUUGACUGUUUACCUUUGUUUUAUUUGUGUAAGUGAGACGCGUUUCGAUUGCACACAAACAAAACCAAAUGAUACACUCACAUAAAACACAUAAAUGCAGCCACACCAUGUUGAAGCAGCUGUCAAAAGUGUUGGAAAUUCGUAUUUUUUCCACAACAUCACUCACCUCAGCUCUAAGCAGUGGAGAUGCCCUUACAAUUAUUAUUUUUCAAAAAAGCGGUAGAAGUGCCCUAAGAGCAAAACAACUUUCAGCUUCUGUAAAAAAGUUGAUGAAGUUGAUAUUUCUGUGUUUUCGAAGUAAAUUUCAAAGCAACAAAAAAUAGAGACCAUUCUAUAAAUUAUAAAACGUAUAUUGCUACAAGCGGUAGAGAUGCCCUAAAGUUUGUGUUUUCUUCAAAUUGCGGUCAUUGAAAUUCUCGCGUUUUUAUCGUAUGAUAUGAUUUAUUCUGUCAAAAUGGCUUUAACAAAUGGCUUGUGCUUGCGUUCAUUCAUAAAACUGAAACUGAAAAAGGGUCCAAACAGUAGAGAUGUCCUCAGAGCAAAACAUAUUUUACCUUAUAUCAGAAAUUUUAUUAAGUAAACACGUAUGCGUUGCAAUGUUUAAAUCGUUAUAACAUAAAAAAAGUCUUAAAAUACAAAACGCAUAUUGCUCCAAGCGGCAGCGAUGACCUUCUGCUGGUAAUUUUGCUUCCACUGAUGAAGCUCCCCUUUCGACAAAAAAAUAUUCUAGUUUCAUCCGGGGGUCAUUUACAAAUGCCGUAAUCCAAAAAUUUAUCGUGCGAGUGGCCCCUUAUGUUAGAGCCUGGUAUCGCCAGGUAACACAAAACAUAAUCAA